AAGCUUUUGCCGUUUCGAUUAGUUUACAUUUUCAAUUUCGCCAUUUUUCCUAAAGCCCUUUCUUCACAGCGGAGCAGAUCUAUUUCCCUGAAGCACUUCACGCCGAUUGAUAAAUGAAGCAUAUUGUGAAGAUUUUGAUGUUGGUAAUUGCCAUCACUGCUUUAUGGAUUGGCCUUCUACAAACUUCUACAAUUCCACGCAGUCAUACUUGGUUGCUACCCAUAUAUUUUGUUGUGUCUUUAGGAUGUUAUGGACUAUUAAUGGUUGGAGUUGGUCUGAUGAAUUUUCCAACCUGUCCUCAAGAAGCUCUACUGUUGCAGAAGGACAUUGUUGCAGCGACAGAAUAUCUGAAGCAAAAAGGAGUUGAUGUUAGUCACAGCUGAUGUGGUCUCAAAUCUUCUAUUAUGUUUAGAAUUAGCUGCUGACCAUCACCUGAUUGGGAGUUGCAAAGGAUUUUUGGUUAACUUUGUACACACAAUACUAAUGUGGGAACUGCUUUCGAUUUUGGCCAAUGUACAUCAGCUCUUUUUAUUACAAUCAAUUAAUUUUAUUUUAUUUUUGUAAUUUUGGUUCUAGCU